UGGAUACAGGGAAACGAUACGGCGUACAGUACGCUGAUCGAGUUAUCCAAUAGAUGUGGAGUUGUUGUUAUUGCUGUGUUUAUUUUCGUUGUCUUAUGCUUUAGUCCAUAUAAAGCUCUGUAAGAUGGAAAAUUCUGCAUAUGUACCAAAUCACCUUCCACCACCUGCUCUUGUCGUCUUCUCUCAGGCUGGAGGGCUUCCAGAGGCUCUGAGAAUGCAGAGGCCCUUUAAUCCCCAGGUCCCAGAAGCAAAAGACCUGCACGUCCCUUUUGGCAGUGCUACUGUUGCCGGUUUUGGCCUGCGGCACGUUGAUAGCUACCCAGGGCUGCCAGCUCACUUGCUUCAUCACCUGCAACCACAGUUUGUGCACCCAGCCCUGGAUCCCAGGCUUCCAUUUGGCUCUGCAGGAGCUGGUGCCUUCCGUCCUCUGGGGCGAGGGCACCCAGGUGCUGGUGAUAUGGAGACUGGGGGGCUGUCUGCUUUUGCACCUCCAGCUCCUACACUGUCUAGUUCUGGUAACCGAAGUGAGGGCCUGGCGGGCUCUGUCUCACCCAACAGUACACCGCCUCUGCAGCCCCGUGUAAAGGAGGAGGGUUCGGACACACCACUGUCAGAAGACAGAGACCGUGAUGGCACACUCACUCCUGGAUCCUUAUCGGAAGGCAAUGUUGCAGACCGGCUUACACCAGAGGAGGGACGUGGCUAUAGACAUGGGGCCGGGGCCGGGGCCGGCUGGGACGGCAGGCCCGCGAGGCUGCUGCUGCCGCCCACCAUGGGCAUGAAGAUGUGGCACUGGCAAUUACCCCUCGGCCUACCGCCAUAUCCUAUCUUUCCGCGCACAUGGAAGAAGAAGCUGCAGGCGGAGGCGUCGUGCUGCCCGGUGUGCGGCGUGACGCUUCGCGCGGGCGAGCUGGAGGCGCACUACGCGCACGAGCUGCAGCGCCUCUACAAGCUGGGCGGCGCGCGCGCCAGGCGGCCGCCCCCGCCUCCCCCGCCGGGGCCCGCCGCAGCCGCCGCAGCCGCCGCCGCCGCCUCUGCCUCCGCCGACGGCACGCACGAGGGUCGCUGGGAGACUUACCAGCGGAUCAAGGCGAACCGACAGAGCAGGCUGCGCUUGAAGAACCGCAAGCGCAAGGCGGACGAGGCGACGUGCCCCGUGUGCAGCGAGCGUCUCUCAGGAAGCGCCGACGAGCUCAACGCGCACGUAGACGCAUGCCUGCGCAAGCACGGCGACGGCGACGGCGAUUCGGACGAGCCGGUGGACGUGGAGGGCGGCGUCUUCACGGAGUACGAGUGGGCGGGGCAGCGGCGCGUGCGCGCGUCCGCGCUGCUCGUGGGCGGCUACGCGGCGGCCGGGCUGGCGACGGCCGCGACCACGGCCGACGACGCCGACCACGGGGACCUGGUCGUCGACGGCGACGACUCCGCCACGCUGGGGCCCGCGCAGUACUCGGAGGCCGACGUGCUGCUACCCGCCGCCGCGGCGCGCGAGCGGCGCGCGCUGCGACACGCCCUGCUCAGUGGCGAUAGCAGCAGUCCGGCAGCGGAGGCGACCGACAUUAAGGAGGAGCCGGACGGCGACGGCGACGCCGACGGCGAGGGCGAGGGCGACGGCGACGCAGAGGCGGAGGGCGAAGGCGAGGCGGCUGGCGCGGCCGCGGGCGCGCACCCCGGGGACCCCGCGCCAGACCGCGACCAGCUGGUCGAGGCGCUCAAGGCGCGCAUCCGGCAGCUCGAGGCGGACGCCUCCAGCGCCGACAAGUUCAAAUGCCUCAUCUGCAUGGAACGUUACAAGAAACCUGUCAUAUCCAUAUGCUGCUGGCAUGUUCAUUGCGAAGAAUGCUGGCUACGUACUCUGGGUGCAAAGAAGCUGUGUCCUCAGUGCAAUAUGAUAACAUCACCAUCGGACCUGCGGAGGAUUUACAUGUGAUCGCCCCUAGCUGAUACUCUGGCGACCGCCAUCCAUUUUGUUGAAGAAGUGACUCCAGUGGAAACACGUGCUACAUCUCUCUGAAGUGGAACGUCCCUUGGCUUUCUUCGGUUUGCGACAUAGCGUAUUUAUGAAACUACGGACUGAUGGAUUUGUUGGUGCACUGCAGAGAGAUGAAGCUUUUAUUUGCGGAUAGCUGCAACUUCACAGCACAGUUGGAAGAUUUUUGUGUCAAUGCGUUCCUUGUACGAAGGUGAGUUGCAGCUACGGCUUGUGAGUUACGGCGUCAAGAAUGAAUACACGAGUCAAAGCGACGUUCUUUGACUGGCUUGCAAGAGACAUAGGCAGUAGUGCCGUCAAUCGUGAUAAGCUGCAUUUUACUUCAGUCGAUUUUGAAGUAACUGCCAUUCGUAAGAUUUGACAAUGUGCGUGAAAGCUCAGUGUCGUACGUACAAUGGCUAACGAUUUAGGGAGGAAACGAGUGCAUCGUAAUUAUGCAGGACUGUUGUUAAACUCAAGAACAGAAGCGUCAUCUGUGUGAGCGUGUGGAUUCUCGCUGUUAACUGGAGGCGCACCUGAUAGAUUGCGGACGGGACAGAAGAUCCGAGUGGACAAGUUGGAAAUUACUGUGUGGGAGCUGUGAGAGCCCCUCUUGUACUUGUAUUUGUUGAGACAGUGUAGUGAGACGACGAGGUUCCGCAGAUCGUGAACAUCCUCCGGCUUUGUGAGGAUCUUAAAAAGUCUGAGCUCAACGAAUUAAAUAGCAAUACUGAUUCGCGACUCGCAUUUGACAAAUCACCACAGAAGCCUCCCACUAAGGCCGCGUGCAAAUUUCAUUUAUAAACCUCUCUUUAUUUACCCACUGCAAAAUGUGUUUUGGCUUCAAUCGUCCUUCGUCUCAUAAAUGUUUGUGUGGCCAUCCUACUGACGCAGUGUACAUGCACAUUCCCAAAUAAUACUUACUGAAGCCGUGUAGCGUUACCCGAUCUUGUUGACGAAUAUGUAUGGCAGUUUCACCGUAUGUAUUUGUCACAUUUUACGUUCUCUGUGUAUAUUAAGUCUGUGAGGCCCUUACUACAGUCUGACAGAAAACGGUUUUAAUUAUGUAAAACACGUACCGGUAUUUUUAACGAAUUCACGAUUGGUAUAAUUGUUCUAGAAACUUUAAUUACCUCUCGUCAGUGACUGUUGCCGAAAGAUUAGCUGUCUGGCUGACUGCGCAUCCCAGCUACAUUUCUAAAAUAAAACUUAAUUUUUAUUAUAAAGUGAACUUUCUUACCAAAAUAAAACUAUACCAGUUAAUAAUGAGAAAAUAUUUACAACGUGACAACCGUCAGUUAUAGUUCCCAUACCCUAUCACUUGUGCAAAAUAUAUAACUUACAGUAAACAUCUUGCCGAGCGCCCAUGUAAAGUGUCGAAUAAUAUGCCAAAUAGCAACCUUGAUGAGGCUUGAAUGGCAGAGCACCAUCUCAAAGCAGACGGCUAUGGACCGAUUGUAUUAGAUAGAAUUCCGUCUAGAAAAUUACCCGAUAUGAAUCUUGUAACUCAGUCCCACUUCCUGCUCACGUAGUCUGCUUUUAUUUUACUGACAAAGCUGUUUCGAAACGUCCUUAAUUAUCAGUCUACGUGUUCUGGCUAUUGUGUAUCCGAAACGUCCAUGAAGAUAAAACUGUGUGGACCCAGAGAGCUGCUAUAGUGCUUAGCCGUACACUGCUGCUCCCUUAGGUAGCACCAGAGUUACUACACACAUUUUCCAGGGUAGUUCUUUGAUUCACAACUUGAAUAUUUCUCUUUAAAAAAUUGGUUUUUCUAGAUAAAAGUCCGUCGCAGGCAAUCGGCUGUGGGAAUGUGUAAGUCGGAUCCUUCCAUCAGAAGCAGUUUGUCAAUUAAAAAGUAAAUUCCAAACAGUAACUGACGAAAACAGUUUUCAUUUGUUUCGACAGUUCUGGCCAAAUGUAGAUUUCAUCUGAUCGUUCUAAUAUCGUAUCAGAGUACCCUAUGAAACUUACAUAGGAAAUUAAAUUCUGUUAACUUGAUCUGCACAGUAAUGGGGGAAACUCAACGUUGUAAAUUCUGUAUACACACAGAGCCUUUUAUUUAACGCCUUGGUUCUACUUAUUAAUUACAGAAAUCUAUGUACCGUUUACGAAACUACCAGUUUGACUUUUAAGUGUCGCAGUUAGAUUAGAAAAUCGUGGCUGCUCUAAAAGUAAGUUGGCGAAUUGAGAAGAAAUUCAACUGACUGCGUUUAGUUGCUUAUUAUGCUGUCAGUAUGCUAGCUCACUCGGUGAGAAAAAUACUUAAUUAAAUAAAGUCAGACUCUAGGAAAGUCAUGUCGAACUGAAAAAUGUAAACAUAAACAAACUGAAUUGUUCGGGUAGGGCUUCUGUGUGACUUAAUGACUAUAUGUUAGGAAUAGCCCGUAAAAAGUUUUGCUUCCCAGAAACUAUGUCUUUCCAUUAUAUGAAGAGUACGUGUCUCAGUGUGCGAGAAAACAACUCGUGCAGAAUGUAGGGACAGUAAAAAUAUCCUAGAGUCCCAAAGGUAACAAUUAAGAUUAACUGAAAUCAGUGUGAACUGGAGAUAAGACCAACCUAGUCUGCAGUGACGGCGGUUCGGGAGGAAUAUAUCGAUGGUAGCCAAUAAAAACUCUGCAACUCCAUCUGUUGAUGAAAACGUCCUAAUUUCAGUAACCAGUAACUCCAUAAUCAGAGAGAGAUUUGAAAGUGUGGUAAUUUCUCUAAUCUGUCAAUAACUAGGUUUCUAGUAUACAGUUACAUAUGCAGCAACUUUCUGUAUCACUUUAUAUUAUUUUUUUAAGAAACCGUUUUUGCUUCUCCUGCAAAAUUUAUAAAAAAUGGAGCUACGAGGUUUUCGUUGCCUAUUAUCGAUAUGUACAUGUGUGUGCGAACGCAUAAUCCUGCCUAAGACCAAUUAUACAUUUUUGUUACCUCAUCAAAGGAUUGAUGCAGAAUUUGAGUAGUGUGUCACCGACAUUUAAAAGCGCAUAGAUAGGUAUGAUUCAAAAGCGAAAACUUCGAGAUUAGUAGAUAUGGAUUGUUCGUGCCUUCCUGCCCUUCUACCGUUACACAUUCCGAAGGAGACACGUUGGAUCUGUCUGAAACCGCUUACAUGGAACGUUGCAGACCACAUGAGAACUAGUGUGGCUAAAUCAAACCGCAAUUAUGAGACUGACAGCGUGAGUUCUGUAUGUGCGACACGUCGGCAUGUCUCUCUUUAGGCCAGAAAACGUAAUGUAGUGUUACUUGAGGAAACAACUCCUAAUACGUAAAGGCGACUUCCAGUGGGAUUAGGGAACUAUGUCGAAUGCAUAAAAGCAGGGAAAAGUUUUGAGAACAUCUGUGUUAAAUGCUAGCAGUUGCACUAAUAUAGCCAUCCACGAAUUUUGUUAAAGUAAAUUUGGUCUUUUUUUUUUUUUUACCACUGUCGUAGUAUGGUUCUACAGGCCCGUCUGCUUAGAAGUACCCGGCAGGCAUUCAGUUCGGCGGAAGAUUUUCUUGGAGAGGUUACAAUACUCUCUGUGACUCUGGCAGGGACCACGACCAUUUUACGUACAUUACGGAGCACUACAUAUUUAUCUGUUACCUGGGUGUGCUGUUUGUGUAAUAGAAUGCAUGUUCACGUGUUAAAUUAUAUGAAAAUUUUCAUCACAUUAGUUAGAUUUUGUUUUCUGGGUGUCGUAACUGGCAAUGGCAUGGCAUAAACUGUAAAGCUUUGGUAAUUUUCACUCAAUCCUACAGCUAACCGGCUCUCGAUAUACCGUGCAACUUCCCUUUGUUUGCUGUAUUGUAGAUUAUUGUACUCCCCAUUUGAGAAGAAGAAACUGAAAACAGUUCUUUUUAGUAGUAACCCAGUCCUACCGUCCUCCCUCAACUGAACAUCAGCGACGUGGAUUUUAAAUUCUGACAUUCCGAAAUGAAACGCUUCUGUUGCAGUUCAUUAUACGUAUUUCGUGAUGAAGCAAACAUUAUUAAAAAAAAGGUUUGACAUAUUUUAUGUGGCGCUAACGUCUUUUGUAUCUAAGUACGAGUAGCAGUACCUUUCCAAAAAUUGUUUCUACAGGUUAAAAGGCAAGAUGUAAUUGGAAUCGUCUGUGAAAUUUGAUGUAAAACGUGACUAUUGUUAAAUAACGCGAACAUCUGCGAAUAAAUAUACUGUAUAUGGCCCCACCAGAAAGGCAAUUAUCGUCAUAUAUGUUGUUGUGGUAAGACUUCACGUUAAUACAGAGAUUUAUGAAUUUUUCCCGUUGUUUAUAUGGCCAUUGGACACCUAACUGACGUAAUAUUCAUGUGUGCCUGUUUACUAGUCCAUGUAAUGUUGUGGUUGAGAUGCCUCCUGUUACAGCAUUAAACUGUAGUUUCCUUUCUGUUUUACAAGACAGCUUUAAUGAAAUAUGUGCAUAAUAUUACUCAACAAACUCACGUUUACAAGUCUGAACCUUACAGUUGUAUAUUCUUUCACUUUCUUUUAUACAACAGUCAUGUUGCAUUGUCUCAGUAGAAUCCUUUUGUCAUUCACAUAUUUGUUUAAGUUCGUGACACAAGGAUAAAAUGUCUAUGUUCUCAGUUCAAAAUAAUUUACUGUUUAUGCAAUUAGAUUUAAUUAUCUCUGUCAUUUUCAUCUCAAGGACUUAACUCCAACCCGAUGUUGGAGAAAAUUUAAAAUCGAACAGAAAUCGAUAUUUACCGAUAAUGAAUUAUUGUGGUAUAAUGUAUUUGAAUACCUUACAGCCAAGUGCCCAUUCCUUCAAUUUAUAUCUGUCAUAACUGUCAAUACAUAAAAAUAUGAGUGUGAAGUUCUACUAAUGUCACAAUCCAAGUUUCAGUUUGGCACAACCUUUUCUCAUUGCAAAGUUGGUUCUGUAUCUUGAUAAUUAAUUCCUAAAUACCGUAAAUCACACAGUGUGGUAUAAUGGUGUAUUUAAUUCGUAUUGCAAAUAUAUAAAUGUAUACAUACAGUCAAUGCUACAUGUUCGGUAUCAUAUGCAUUUUGCCCUAACGCCAAAACGGCAGAUUAAGCUUACAUAUGUGUUGUGUCUUUAAAGCUAUUAUGACUAAAUGCAGUAGCAAAUUGUUUCCAGACCUGUAAUAGAAUAAAUAUUUGAAAUAUUAAAGCA